UCGGUAUAUUUAAACGUGGAAUUUAAAUCUCUAAACAGUAAACACUUAACAUUAUUUGUAAUUAAAAUAAAACUUUCUAUUUUAAAAUGUCAAAAGUUCCUGCUGUAAAUAUGUCUAAUUAUGACAAACAAGGAUGUCUCGACGAGAUGUUUAAAAUUCAAGCAAACGCUACCCCAAAUGCAGUUGCUGUAGUUAAUGUUGAUGGAUCAACGGUCACGUUUAAAGAAUUAGAUGAAAUGACAGAUGUAUUGGCCGCAAAACUAAGGAGCAUUGGUGUUACCAAAAACUCGAUUGUUGGAAUCAUGAUGGAACGUUGUCUUGAGUAUACUAUUAGUUACAUUGCUAUUCAUAAAGCUGGUGGCGCAUGUUUAAUCUUGGAGGUAUCUUAUCCAUUACCACUACUUCGUUCGAUUUUAGAGGAUUCGACUCCUAAAGCAAUUCUUACCAAAGAAUUCUUUGAAAGCCGAUUUAAAGAACAGCAACUAAUUUACUUGGAUAAUGGUUGGUACGAUAAUUUGAAGACAUCAGUGGAUAAAUCACUUCUCAAGAAAGAACCAAAUGAACUCGAUGAUUUGGCUCUUGUAGUGUUCUCAUCUGGCACCACGGGAAAACCAAAAGGUAUUCAAUGUUCUUAUCGUGGUGCUGUUUAUUCAUUUACAUGGAGACAUAAAGCAUAUCCUUACGUAAAUGAUGACAGAGAAGCUUGUAAUGUAUUUUUUACCUGGGAAAUGAUUAGACCAUUACUUAAAGGAAUUCCAAUGUAUAUAAUUCCUGAUGAUGUAAUUUAUGAUCCACCAAGGUUAUUAAAGUAUUUACGUCAAAAUAAAAUAACAAGAAUAUUAUUCACACCAUCUCUUUUACAAACAGUCCUCGAUUGUAAGGGUAUAAACAUUCCCGAAGGAUUCAAAUCACUUAAACAAAUUUGGAUAUGUGGAGAAGUAAUGACAUUCUCUCUAAGAGACAGAAUGGAAAAAAUUACUCCGUGGAUUAAAAUGUUUAAUUUGUAUAGUACUUCUGAAUGUUUUGACGUGACUUGUGCUGAUGUUUCAAAAGCAUGUGACUUAAAACCAAGCAAAUUUGCUCCCGUUGGUGUAUCUUUGCCUGGUGUUCACAUAAUAAUAAUGGACAACGAAUAUAAAGUUAAAAGCAUAGGAAUAUCAGGCGAGAUUUAUGUCGGAGGACCUACACUUGCAAUUGGUUAUUUAAAUCGUCCCGAAUUAAAUGCUUUAAGAUUCAUUAAAAGACCCAGUACAGUACCAAAAGAAUUUGGUGAUCGAUUAUACAAAACUGGUGAUUGGGGUUAUUUAAGAUCUGAUGGAAGUUUAGAGGUUUGUGGACGUUUUGAUAGUAUAGUUAAAAUUAGAGGCUAUACUGUUGAACUACAGGCUAUUGAAGCUACAAUUUUAUGUGAACCUGAAGUAAAUUCCGUGUGUGUUUUAUCCAUUAGAGAAGAAGGCAUCGAUAGUUAUUUAAUAGGUUAUGUUGUAUUAGAAGCUGAAGCAAAGUUAUCUGCAUCAUCAUUAAAGCAAAGAUUGAAACUUAAAUUACCAUUUUACAUGGUUCCACCAUUUUUCUUCUUCUUAGAUAUAUUGCCCGUUGUGAAAGGUUCUGGUAAAUUGGAUAAGUCUGUUUUGCCAAAAAUUAUCUUGGAUAAAUCAAAUGGUAUUAUAAUUGAAAACUGGAAAACUCAAACGGAAAAAACUGUGGCUAUCAUAUUUUGUAAAGCUCUGAAAACCUAUAGUCUUGAUGUUGAAGAUAAUUUUUUCGAAAAUGGCGGGCAUUCAUUAUUAGCAGCUAGUGUAAUUGGUGAAUUAAAUAGUACACUUGGAACUCAAUUAAGCGUAAAAGAUUUAAUUCUAAAUCCUAAUGUUAAAGCAAUGGCAUCACUAUUAGAUCAAAACAUAUCUGCAUCACAUGAAAUUAACUUAAUGAAAGAACUAAAUAAUCUUGUCGAUGAUUCUAUCAUUUCAGAUAAAAUGAUAAGAUGGUUUUGGAGAGCUGCAAAUUUAAAUAAAAAUAAAUUCACUAAUGGUAAUGUACUCCUUACUGGCGCAACUGGAUUUGUUGGUGCAUUUAUUUUGCAAAAGUUAUUGCAAACUCAAGUGAACAUAUUCUGCUUGAUAAGGGAUUCAGCAGAAUUCAAACCUUUGGAAAAGCUUGAACAGACUAUGAAAAAGUAUAAUAUAAAUGUUGGUUCUUUAAAUAGCCCAUUUUAUUCUAAAGUAGUUGUCUUAAAAGGUGAUGUAUCAUUAAUACAAUUUGGAAUGUCAGAUGAUGAUUAUGAAGCAAUAUGUUAUGAUAUUGAUUAUGUUAUACAUGCAGCAGCUCAAGUUAAUUUAUCAUAUCCAUUUGGAGCAUUGUAUAAAAAUAAUGUCAUAGGUACCAAAAAUAUAAUAAAAUUUUGUAUGGAUGGUAAAAUUAAACCACUACAUCAUAUUAGCUCAUCGGCUGUUUUUCCUCAAGGGCUUAAAGAUGUUUCAGAAGAUGAUAACCCUGAAAACUGGGCACCAUUACUCAAAAGUGGUUAUGCGCAAACUAAGUGGCUAGCUGAACAAUUAAUUUUGAAUGCUAUUAAAAAAGGAUUACCAGCAACAAUAUUUAGAUGUGGUAACAUAAGUGGAAGUAGAUUGGUACCUUGCUGGAACUUUGCAGAUUUUACUUUAUUUAUAAUACAAGGUGUAUUAUAUACAAAUGCAUGUCCUGAUUUAAGUUGGAAGAUUGAACUAACUCCUGUUGAUUUUGUCGCAAAUACUAUUGUGGAACUGGCACAACAUUUAAAUGAAUCCUCAGGAAAAAUCUAUCAUUUAAUUAAUGACACAUUUGAUUCAAAAUAUUUAUGGGAAGAAAUGAAAGACAUUGGGUAUAGUUUAGAAUGUGUGUCUUAUAAAAAAUGGUCAGAAAUAAUUGAAAAAAAUUCUAAUCUUCAACCUCAAUUAGCUUCUCUUGCUUAUUUAUUAAAUUCUUCUGUGGAAGAUAAUAAUUAUUUAGAGAAUCAGUCAACAGUGAAAAAAACAAAUGUCGAAUCAUAUUUAACUUCUGUCAAUUUAAAAUAUCCAAUUUUAGACAGUAACGAAUGCCGUAGAAUUUUAGUAACAUUAGCCAAUUUAAAUUUGAUUCCCCAACCGGCCCUAUUCGAAGGUAAAGUAUAUUUUUGAAAUUAAUAGUGAAUGGUUUUAUAAAAAAAUAUUUUGACUUUAUUGAUAAAAAAUUAAAACUUUUUACUCACGGUCUUUAUGUUUUAAGUAAAUAUUAAUAGUAUAGUUUAGUGAAAAUUUGUUAAUUUGUUAAUUAUUUAUUUUAUAUAUUGACAUAUAGUAAUUUCUAAUAAUAUAUUAUAAUUAUAUAUUACGUUUAGGUACUAUAUAUUAUUACUAUCGUAAUUAUGUUUACGAAUAAUUGUAAUUUAAAAAUCACAAUAAUUGUACACCCAGUCAGAGUUUCAUUUACUUAGAAUAGUUUUGCAAUGAUUAUAAAUAGGCUAUACUCAAUAUACUCGUAAUAUGUAGUUACAGAUUAUAAACAAUGAAUAAAUAACGUCAGUUGACAGUCAACAUCUA